AUGAUUCGGACAGUACGAAGGCCUUAUCUGUCUACCAUAAGAUGGAUCGGCCGUGGCCAAAAAGCUGCCAUCAGGACCACAGCAAUAGAUCCUUCACUGCCGUUUGAGGAAGAGCGACUGCCCUGGUACAGACCGGAUCAGUUYUAUCCAGUCCGCAUUGGAGAUGUAAUGGCAUCCAAGUAUCAAGUCGUAGGGAAGCUGGGCUAUGGUGCUCAUUCUACCUCCUGGCUCUGCCGAGACACUCGACAAACUGGCUUUGUGGCUGUCAAGGUAUGUACAUGGGAAGCGAAUCGAUCUCAUCAAAAUCAAAGAGAGUUACGCUUCUACGAACAUGUUAGUUCGUUGACUACACAACAUCCCGGCCAGUUCUUCAUUCGCGGUCUCCUCGACACCUUCACAGUGAAGGGUCCGAUCGGAGAGCACUUAUGCCUUGUCCAGCAACCGAUGCACAUGACGAUUCGAGAGCUACAAUACCAGAGUCCAUCACGAAAGCUUACAGAACAACUCCUAAAAUGGACACUCUCUAAUAUAUUGCGCGCUUUAUCCUACCUUCACGACGAAGCAGGAGUAAUACAUACAGAUAUUAGCCCGUCAAACAUCAUGCUGACCGUCGAUGAUGAAUCACUCUUCACGGAAUUCGAAAUAUCUGAAGCCGAAAGACCCUCACCAGCGAAGGUCAUUGACGAUGCCCGAACAAUCUACGGCUCUCGAAGGUUAGGAAUGCCCAAGGACGCACUCUGGGGUCAGCCGGUUCUUUGCGACUUUGGCGAGGCUCGAAUUGGAUCACUCCAUACGGGACUCAUCCAACCCGAACUAUACCGCGCGCCCGAAGUCCUGUUCAACAUGAGAUGGAGCUCAGCGGUCGACAUUUGGAAUGUCGCUGUGCUGAUCUGGGAUCUAUUGGAGAAUCGACACUUGUUCAGUGCCAUGGAUGCAAACAAAGAGACUUCUGCGACAGACCACGUUGCCGAAAUGGUCGCUUACCUGGGACUUCCACCUCUCGAGUACCUCCGUCGCAGUGAUGUCACGAAGAAURUCUUCGAUAAGCAAGGCUGUUGGAAGGGCGCGGGCGGUGUACAAGUGCCGUCAGUAUCUCUGGAUCAAGUCCAGCUGUCGUUGAGUGGCGACAACAAGGAGUCCUUCCUUCACUUCGUACGAACCAUGUUGAAAUGGAUUCCGGAGGAGAGAAAACGAGCUACGGAAAUUCUCAAGGAGCCGUGGCUACAGAUAAUGGCGUCUUAG